AUGAGGAGGCUAAACACCCUUACUGAGUCUCCUGACCUCCUUCACGUCAAACCCUCUUUUCCCACCCCUUCCAAGAGAUGCGCCACUGCCACUUCCACUGCCGCCACAUCCACCGCCGCCAAUAACAAGAGGGCCUUAAGGGACGCCGCCGCUGACUCCGCCGGUACUACCAAGAUGAGGUAUCGGGGCGUGCGCCGCCGUCCGUGGGGCCGUUACGCGGCGGAGAUAAGGGAUCCGCAGUCCAAAGAGAGAAGGUGGCUUGGAACGUUUGAUACGGCGGAGGAAGCCGCCUGUGCUUAUGACUGUGCCGCUAGAGCUAUGCGUGGGGUUAAAGCUAGAACCAACUUUGUGUACCCGCCGCCGCUCGCCGCCGCCGCCGCCGACUGCUUCAGCCACCCUCUUUACAGCAGCAACAAGUUCACUUCCCAUCACCAGAUUUCGCUCAAGGAUUUGCCCACAAAACAGUUCUUUCAGUCCACCUUUUCAAACCCUUACAAUCUUUCGAGGAAGAUGAACAAAUCGUUACACACUCUCCCGGUAACCGAUUUUCUCAACCCAUCAUCAACCACCGCCGCCGCCGCUCCAAGCAUCCAUCUCCCUUCCAUGCUCAACAACAACCUCAGCUCUCUAACUAGCAACGUCUUCUGCACCACCGUGAGCCUUCCAACGUUCCCGGAGCCGCCGCCUAAAAACCCCUGCACCCAAAUCGAAGAAACCGGGAUGGACUUCUUUCCGACCGAUCCCUCCGGUUCCGGCCUGCUAGAAGAAGUCCUAAACGGAUUCUUCCCAAAACCCAACCCCGCAAAAUCCGUUCCCUUGCCGGCGGUGGACUCUUUCGCCGUGAAAACAAGUGUCAACAACCAGUUCGGAGUUUUCCAAGGAGGAGUCGGGGUUCAAGCGCAGUUCGGGGAUUCCAUUACCGGUUUUGAGGAUUCACAGACGUCGUCGCUUCCGUUUCACAAUGAUUUCUCGGCCAACUUUCAGAUUUCGCCGGAAAUAAUGCUCGGAGAUAUGCUUCAUCAGUUCCCGGACCCUUUAAACGUGUUUACAACUAAUUAA